AAAAAAAAAACCUCCCCUCUCCUCCCCCCUCCCCCUCCGUAUAUUUAUGGCAGAUACAGAAUCAAUAUUUGAUAGCCAUACAGCUUUGGCUACAAUGGAUUCUAUACGAAAAAUGAAUCCCUCUUCAGCUUCUUUUUGUCAAUAAUAGAUAAUAAUUCUCCGAACAAUACCACCACCACUACAGCAACAACGAAUUCUACUACUACAGUAGUUACUUCUGCUACUAUAGCAGAUCAUAUAAACUAUCAGUUGUCAAAAGUGGAUUCAUAUUCUUCAUCGUCUUCGUCUUCAAAUACUUCCUAUCAUAAAUACCCUAUAAACGGGGAUUUAUCACCAAUAACUACUUUCUUAAAUUAUCAUACAUCCAAUCAUCACGAUCUUAUUGAUAAGUCAAACAUGAAUCAUGUAGAGCAUGUUCUUGAAUGGUCUCCGAAUAAACGUUAUUGUCGACUCAAUACAUUAUUAGGUAAAGGCGCAUUUAAAGUAGUUCAUAAGGCAAUGGAUUCUGAGGAAGGAUAUGAAGUUGCAUGGAAUGUUAUCCAUAUUGGAAAUAAUAAUAAUAAUAAAGAUGUAAGACAUGAAAUCGAAAUUUUAAAAUCCGUUCGCCAUCCAAACAUUAUUGCCUUCCAUGACGCUUGGUUAAAUGAAAACCGUACAGAAUUCAUUUUUGUUACCGAAUUGAUGACGUCGGGAACUUUAAGAGAAUACAUACGAAAAUUGAAUUUACCGAGUUUCAAGAUAGUGAAGCGUUGGUCACGACAGAUUUUGAAAGGUUUAGCUUAUCUGCAUGGUCAUAAUCCACCUAUUAUUCAUCGUGAUAUCAAGUGUGAUAAUAUCUUUAUUAAUGGUGCUCAUGGGGAAAUUAAGAUAGGUGAUUUAGGUACGGCUGAGAACAUGUGGUUGGGCGAUAAAAAAUAUACCUUAAUUGGUACUCCCGAAUUCAUGGCUCCAGAGAUGUAUGAAGAAGAAGGUUAUAACGAAAAAGUGGAUCUGUAUGCUUUUGGAAUGUGUUUAAUUGAAAUGACUACAGGUGAAUAUCCUUAUGCUGAAUGUACAAAUACAGCUCAAGUUUAUAAAAAAGUGUGUCAGCACAUUAAACCGGAUUCACUUUCAAAAAUUCAAAAUCAAGAAGUAUUAGAAGUUAUCAAUAGCUGUUUAUCAAUUAAUGAACAUGAAAGAUUAUCAGCUCAAGAGUUACUUGAAAGUACAUUCUUGGCUAUUGAACCUGAUGUAGUCUUGUUAGAAAACGAUCCUUUACAUACCAUCAUUACCCUACAAGUCGUCUUUAAAGGGUCCGAUAAAUUAUCUGUCAAAUUUGAAUUUAAUACGCAAGAGGACACAGCUGAAGAAGUUGUAGCAGAAAUGAUUGAAGAACAAGUAUUACCCGAAAGAUACCAACAAUGGAUUACAAAUGAAAUUAAUCGUAUCUUAAGAGACCUUAAAAAGGAAGAAGAUGAAAAAGAAAUUAAAGAUGAGUAUAAUAAAAAGAUUAAUAAUAACACGCAACAAUCAGUUUGGAGAAGAGAGAAUGAUAUUCGAACUGAACUUGAGAAAUCAAAGCAAGAAUUAACCAGACUUGUGGAUAAAUUAAUUGAAGCAGAAAAGAGAUGUGAAUAUCUUAAACAGCAAGCAUUGAUAGCAGAAGAAAAGGAAAAGAAGGCAUUAAAAGAAUUAGUUGAGAGAACAACGAUAGUGACUAAACUAUAUCAACAAAAGGAAAAUAAUGAAUUCACUAUGCAAGAUUUAAUAGAUGUAUAUUCAUCAGGAGAAGAAGAAGUAUUGGAGGCGUCAACAAUGACUAAAACAGAAGAUAAUAUUAUUGAUAUCUUUGUUAAAGAUACAGCAAAAGCUACGAAUCGUAAUCCUUUAAAGGCAGAAGAAUGGAUCCGAAAAUUAAGAGAACAAGAUAUUAUGACAGUAGGCGAUUUAAGAGAACUGUUAGAUGAAGAUUGGACUUGUAUUGGAUUGACUGUAUUCGCAAUAAGAGCUUUAAAAAAUAUGUUACAUAAUAACAAUCAUACUAUCCAUGAUACUGAUACAGUAUUAUAA